CUGCAGUCGACGCCUGGCGACGCAUAGAACUUACAUACGCCGUAUUUCUCCCAAGGCACGAACUCCAUCUCCCUAUCUCCUUGGCCCGCACGGGAGCUAGUCAGUUCUGCUGUGGGUAAAGAAGUAGGAUGUGCGGAUCAAAAAUGCUCGAGUGUGUUGUUGAAGUAGCAAGGGCGGGUCGAAAAUGCUCGAGUGCGAUGCUGAAGUGCGCGCGCGGUGUUUGCUGUGCGAGCAGCCGUUCCCGCUUGUAAACAAAAGUGGAAACGCCAGCCCGCUUCACUUCACUCCACCUGAAUUGGAGCUUGUUACAUGGUAGGAGGGAGUAGCUGGCAGAUCUCUACAAGAAUUUGAAGCUCUUCUACAUCGCCAAUAGCAGCAGUGCGAUUGGAGUCCCUCGAGCACGGUGUUUGGCCCGUCAAGUGGGUGUCGUUUGCUCAAAUGCGGCGGCACGAUGAAUCGGCUACAUGCACGAAGGGACAGCUCAUUCCGUCCAACUGAGCUGGCCCGCCAGUGCCAAUGCUGAGAACGAUAUGAUAUUGAUUGCUUCACUACAGAUAGCCCUCGAUCUACAGACUUGUUCAAGAGACCUCACCCUGGGGAACUCCGCGACAAUGAGACAGAAGAGGUGGAACUUUUGCACGCACACCCACGCACACCACAUAUCUUACCACCUGCUGAAGAUACGGCGUUCUUCCACUCAGAUCAUCAUCACCAGCUACGCUAUCUUUAGACCUACCUACGAGCAAGCGCUGAGCGGUCGCUAUCCUCAGGCGAUAGUGUCCUAAAGCAAGUACCCUAAUGGCAAAAGUCGACGAGGUCUGACCGUCUGGUUCUAUUUGGCUUCGAAACUCACGACACGAAGAGGAUAGGGGGAGGCAAGAAAGCAUCGUGAGACUUGAUGGAGAGCGUCCUCGAAAGGAGCCACGAGAUCUGAUGUCCUUGGAGAGUAAUGUGGUUGUUCUCAGUGGAACCAGGAUUGGUGGACUCCUGCUCGACGUGUCCGCUAUGCCUUGGACAGUGUGGUCUACGGAAGGAAGUUUCAAAAACACUGCUUGAUUUGGCAAGGAGCGCGACUCGUUGCGGUCCGCGUAAACGGGCAGCUCCUCAUCUGAGUCGAGUUAUCAAGGAAAUAACCAUAAUGGCAAUACACUUC